UACUCUUCUUGCUGGGGAUUACCAAUAGAUAGACAGCAAUCCAUGGCGGCCACAGCGGCGGAGAUGAUCAGUGGGAAGCUUGAGGCGGAGGUGGAGCUGCACUGCUCGCCGGCGAAGUUCUACGACAUGGUUAAGAACUCGGUUCACGACCUGCCAAGCCACUCCCCGACUCAUGUUCAGGCGGUGCAAGUCCACGAGGGCGAUUGGGACGCUCAUGGCACCGUUAAAUUCUGGAUCUACACUUGUGAGGGGAAGCUGGAGGUGUUCAAGGAGAGAGUGGAGUACGACGAUGCCAAGAAAACAGUGAAGCUGAACGGGCUGGAGGGCGAUGUGAUGAAGCUCUACAAAGUGUAAAAUGUGAUCUAUCAAUUUGUGGCCAAGGACAACGGCGACGACAAUGGCGACGGGAAGAAACAGGGGAUGGCAAAACUGACGAUUGAAUAUGAGAAGCUGGACCCAAAUGUGCCGCCUCCUACCAAGUACAUGAACUUCAUCACCCUCCUUAUCAAGGAGGCUGAUGCAAGCCUUGUCAAAGCAGCUUGAUUGAUGGCAUCCACAACCAUAUGUGCAUGUGAUCAUUUACUCUAUCGUUGUAUGCUUCUGCUUGAAUUCGAUUGGAUUUUGUUAUGCCGAACAUGCUAUAAAUAAAAAUGGAUUUGUUUUGAGA